CACCUGCGCUCGAUUUUACAUAACAUUUGUUAUUAAAGUAGCAUUACAAUGGCUAAAGUACUUUUUAACUAUUGCCCCAUUGUGGUUAAAGCAGCAACGGGUAUCACACUGCGCCAUCUAACAACUGCAGCAGCCAAUAAAUUCCAGGCGAAGCCAACAAUUUUGAAACACAUCACAUUUGCUGCCACAGAACGUCCUUACAGCAGCGGCCAACCAAUUGGCAAAGUGGACUAUGCGGAAGUAAAAAAAUUGAUAAACGAUCCACGGAAGCUGCUCAUCGAUGUACGUGAGCCAAAGGAACUCACAGAAACAGGACAAGUUCCAUCCAGCAUCAACAUUCCAUUGGCCAUUGUUAGCCAGGAGCUAGCGAGCAGUGAGCAAAUCUUCAAAUCGAAAUAUGCUCGUGAGAAGCCACAGCCCGAUACGGAACUUGUUUUCCAUUGUAGAAGCGGAGUACGCAGCCUGAAGGCUGCGGAAGCCGCCGUCGCGUUGGGCUUCAAAAAUGUCAAAAACUACGAAGGUUCGUGGCUUGACUGGGCUGAGCAUGAAGGCUUGCCCAAGUAAAUACUCAAAACUAGGUCAUUUGUUUAACUAUUUUUAUUGAAUUAAAUUCAAUUCAAACAUACUUAAAGGAAUACUCA